AUGGCAGCUAAUGCGCAAGCCUCAAUCGACCAAGGGGCGCUGGAGGCCAUCUUCUCACAAAAAGAAACUGGUGUAAAUGUAGCACAACCAUGUCUACAAUGCGUUCAGGUCAAGCCACUUGCAGGCCAGCAGGGUACGCCAGAAAGAUUUAGGGUUGUCUUCAGUGACAUCAGCAAUUUCGUGCAGAGCAUGCUGGCGACUCAGGCAAACCACGUCGUGCACGAGGGAAAGCUUGUGAAAGGCUGCUUUGUUCGAUUGAAAUCUUUUCAAGCAAACCAAGUGAAGGGCAAAAGGAUCAUCAUAGUGCUUGAUCUUGAGGUGCUGGAGAAUCUUGGGGUAUGCGAAAAGAUAGGAGAGCCCAAAGCCUUGGAAUUUGAAGAUGGUGGAGACGCCAAACCGCAACCUCAAUCAACCACUAUGUCGACAAAUGGCUUCUAUGGCAACCAACCAGGCCCGCAGGUCAAACAAGAAACCCCCUCUCGCCCCGUAAAUACCUCCACUGCACAUGCAAAUAUAUAUCCGAUAGAAGCACUGUCGCCGUACGCUCACAAAUGGACCAUCAAAGCAAGAUGUACACACAAGACGGACAUAAAGACGUGGCACAACAAGAACGGAGAGGGUAAAUUGUUCAGUGUAAAUCUGCUAGACGAGAGCGGCGAGAUACGUGCAACAGGAUUCAACGACCAAUGCGACCAACUAUACGACCUGUUUCACGAUGGUGGAGUUUACUACAUCACGAGCCCGUGUAAGGUCAACAUGGCAAAGAAGCAAUUUACGAAUCUCAAUAAUGAUUAUGAGCUCAUGUUUGAACGGGAUACGGUGGUGGAGAAGGCAGAGGAGCAGAACGACGUCCCUCAAGUACGCUUCAACUUUACAAGUAUAUCGCAACUACAAGAGGUCGAGAAAGAUACAACGAUAGAUACUAUCGGUGUGUUGAAAGAAGUCGGGGAAACGUCACAGAUCACGUCAAAAACAACAAGCAAGCCAUACGAUAAGCGAGAGUUGACUUUGGUAGACGCAACAGGCUACUCAGUGCGCCUCACGAUAUGGGGCAAUACGGCAACCACGUUUGACGCCAAUACAGAAUCAGUGGUGGCUUUCAAAGGUGUCAAAGUCUCAGACUUCGGAGGCCGAAGCCUCAGUCUGCUGAGCUCAGGCUCAAUGACCAUCAACCCAGAUAUUGAUGAAGCCCACAAGCUAAAGGGCUGGUACAUGGCACAGGGCAAGAGCGACACUUUCAUGUCACAUGCCAAUAUGGGUGGUACAAUGAGCGCAGCAGGCGGACGAGGCGAUCCAUUGAAGACGAUCCUUCAAAUCAAGGAAGAAAACCUAGGAAUGUCAGAACAAACCGACUACUUCAGCGUCAAAGCUACUAUCAUCUACAUUAAGCAGGAAAACGUCUCGUAUCCAGCCUGUCUCUCAGAAGGCUGCAACAAGAAAGUGGUUGAGACUGACCCUGGCGAAUGGCGGUGCGAGCGCUGUGACAAGACACACCCCAAGCCCGAUCACCGAUAUAUCAUGCAGAUUAACAUCAGCGAUCAUACUGGCCAGCUAUGGCUUAGCUGUUUCGACGAUGUAGGACGCAUGAUCAUGGGUGUGUCGGCAGAUCGUGUCAUGGAGCUGAAUGAUGCUGGAGACGUCAAGGGUAAAGAUGAUCUGUUCCAAGAUGCGAAUUGUAAGACGUUGGUCUUCAAGUGCAGAGCGAAGAUGGAUACUUUCCAGGAUCAGCAGAGGGUCCGGUAUCAAGUCUCGGGAGCAUCUCAGCUCAACUUUUCGAACGAGUGUGCGAAAUUGACAGAGAUGAUCAAGGAGUAUAAUAUCAAAUGA